AUGAUCAAGAUCCCUUCCCAGCUACUUCCCGCAGUCUUGAAGGCCUCCAAUAUGGGGUGUAUAGUAUCUGUUCUCUGUCGACCUCGUGUUCUCCCACAGAUCACAGUAAUCCUUACCUGGAUCUCUCCCAAAGACAUCAUCGCCCUUGUGGGGACCACUGAGACCCUUGAAAUCAAACAACUGGACUCGACCGAUACAGUCACUGCGAAGGGCGUGAUCAACGCAGUAACCGCGCCGUCCGUUGCUCAGUCUGAAGAUGAAGACAAGGAAGUAAGGCUUAUCGCCGAGCAAUUUUCACAGGGUCAUGUCUACUAUGUUCAAACCAAGGCACUCGACCGGCCGAUUCAAUAUGUCAGUCAUGUACGCCUCAUCGUCCUCGGACCCGGGCAGGAGAUCAUAUAUUCCGGGAUCCGCUCUCGGCCUAUCAUCAACCACAAGUAUCUUGCGUCCGUGCUUCCUCCAAGACUUCUCGGGAAGGUCACAAUGUCUGAUGACGCCCCAAUGCUAGCAACUGAGUCACUGGCAUAUCUACUGGCUGGGGUAGACCAGUUUGCUGAUUGGGAGAGUACCAGGGGGGAGCUCGUCCGCUGGUGGCUUAUGUUAUUGAGGCCGUUUUGGCUUUUUAUUGUGCUUAUUCCGAUUUUUCUCGUCUUGCUUGUCCUAACGAUUGUCACUGCUUAG